AGGAGGAGUGUCGCUGCAGCUUCAUCAGUAAACACUCACCUCGGUACCGUUUAACGGACGGAGACAUGAUGAGGUCGGGGAGGAUGAGGAUGAUGAAGAUGAUGGCGCCGCUCCUUCAGCGCUGCGGUCAUGUGACUUCUUGUGGCCAAUGUGCAGGCAGCGAUGAGCUAGCUUCAAGCAAACUAGAGGUCUGAGGUGAAGGAUCAUGGGAGAUGGAGGACCCUUGCAGACCGAGGGGAACGCCCUCCUCAAAGCUGUCUUCCAGGGGAAGCUGAGGCUGACCCGCUUGCUGCUGGAAGGUGGCGCCUACAUCAAUGAGGGCAACGAGCGCGGAGAGACUCCCAUUGCAGCCGCCUGCAUAGCGAGCUACGACGACCCCCAAACCCGGCAGAGGAUGGUCAGGUACCUUCUGGAAAAAGGGGCCGACCCCAACAUCCCCGAUAAGAGCGGGAGGACAGCGCUGAUGCACGCCUGUGCGGAACAGGCGGGGAAAGAGGUGGUCUUGCUCCUGUUAGAGAAUGGAGCAGAUCCAAGCCUCAAAGACUACUCAGGGUCCUCUGCCCUGGUGCACGCCAUCAACAAGGGGGAUCGCGACACCCUGCAGGUGCUGCUGGAUGCCUGCAAGGCCAAAGGCAAAGAGGUGAUUAUCAUCACCACGGACACGUCUCCGUCAGGGACCAAAAAGACCAAGCAGUACCUGAACUCCCCCCCCUCACCCGGUAUUGUGGAUAAACUGUCUCCGGCAUGCAUGUCUCCCUCUGAGGUGGAGAUCGGCACCGCUUCACCGGCAGCAGACAAGACCAAAGCCCAGGAAGGGAUAUUCAGCUUUGCCCUCACCUCAGCGUUACCGCUACCUUCAGCUAGACCUCCUGGAGAAAAGAGAGCACCGCCUCGAAAACUACUGAAGAGGCUGAACUCUGAACCCUGGGGUCUGGUGGCUCCUUCUGUGCUGAGUGGAGUUCCUCAGGAGAGGGUCAAUGGAGGUCUGGAGGAGGAGGGCAGUGGAGAACUCAGCAGGACCAUCACUCAGAUCAACGGUCUGUCCAUCACAGAGCCAGUGAGACCGCUGUUGUCACGGCGACACAGCAUUGAGACCCAUGACCCCUGUUCCCCCAAGCUCAUUGACCGGUCCUGCUCUGAAGACUGCACAGCCCUCUCUGGAUCCUCUUGGGCCGACAAGGUCCAGCAGCACCAGAUCCUGUACCGCAGGAAUACGGCCCCAGAAUCUGCAGAGAACAGCGGGGGACCUGGAGUGGUCGUUACACGAGCCCUGGCUCACCCCAAACUGACCCGGAUGGAGCACUAUGAGUCAGAAACCCACCUAGCCCCUGAGUCCAUCCCGGCGUCUCCAGAUUCUGGUCGCAUGUCUGUGGAGAGGAGGAGGUACAAUGCUUCACCCCUGUCCCUGCUCACCAGCUCAUCCAGGGAGUCUCUGGAGAACAUCCCAAACUCGGUUUCCCCCAUCACCAUGCGCCGGCGCCCCCCUGGACUCCUUGAGCGCCGGGGCUCUGGGACCCUCCUGCUGGACCACAUCUCCCAUACCCGACCUGGCUUCCUCCCCCCGCUCAACAUCAACCCUCAGAGACCCAUCCCUGACAUCCGUGCCAACGGCAGGCCCCCAUCCCCCGUUCACACCGGACAUAAGAUUCUGGUCCCGCAGGCCCCCGCCUCGCCCAAACGAGGGCCAGACUUCAAGAUGAAGAAGAAGCUGACAAGGAGGCACUCGAUGCAGACCGAGCAGAUGAAACAGCUCUCCACCUUCCAGGAGAUCCUGGCCGAGAAGGUCAUCGAGUCCAAUGGGGACUGAGAGCCGUCAGAGCUCGGCAUCAUGGGUAACCGCAGAUACCUGUCAGGAGGCUGUGACACCUCAGACCAUUGCUUUGUUUAACCAUCGGAAACCAGAUUAUGGUCUUUAAGAAGGGCUGCACCAACAACAAUCAAAGACAAUCUGGAUUAAAGAGAAUCUGGAUGAAGUCCAUAUGAAUGAGUCUAUCUGGGUAACGUUAAUCUGGAUUGCAGGGAACUGGAUCAAAAUUAAUCUGGAUUACAGCCAAUCUGGAUCAAAUUCAGUCUGGAUUAAAGAAAUUGAUCAUUCUUAAUCAAAGUAAUUUUGAAUUAAAAUCCAUCUGAACUGUAGUCAGUCUGGAUCAAAGGACCCUGACCAGAGUUAAUCUGGAUUAAAGUUAAUCUGGAUCAAAGUCAAUCUGGAUGUUAGUCAAUCUGGGUUAAAGUUAUUUUGGAUUGUUGGGACUCUGAAUCAAAGUUAAUCUGAGUUAUUUCAGUCUGGAUUUAAGUUAAUCCGGAUUUAAGCUUCCUCGGUGUCCUUAAACUGACCAUCAGGACUUCCUGUUUACAGCCAGAAAACAAACAAACGUUGCCGGUUGCUAAGCUAACUAGCUUUCAUUAGCAAUAUCUUUAAGUCUCACUUAGCAUGUUUACCUUUGUUAGCAGCUGAAUA